AUGACUUCAGCUGGGGAGAGGCAACAUUAUGCACUUGCCCUCAUCAAAUCUCUUUUUGGCCAUCUCCCAGAUAAUUUUCAUAUUGGGCUGUUAUAUGACAUAGGUAGUCAACUGGAACAGAGCUGCAGGAAGUGGAGUUUUCUCAAGUCAUUUCUGCCAUGUAUUUCUUUUGCCAUCUCAGCAAGUCAGCUUAUCUAUCACCCCCGAAAAUGUGAAGUAUUUGGGCUAUCUGAUGGAGAGGGAUGUGAGUGUUUUUGGAGUUCAAUCAAAGGGCUGAUACCAUCUCUUUGUGUUUCUGGGGUAUGUGGGCAGUAUGCCACAUCUGUUUCAAGCUAA